AAGAUACUCAAUUUAUUGAAUUUGAUAAACCAAUUCUUUUAAUGAAAGGACUUAAAGUGGUAAAAAGAAACAUAUUAAAAUUCUACAAGACAGUUGCUGAAGAAUUAAUCUGGUUAUCUUUGAACUAUGAAAAUAAACAGAUUUCAGUCGAUGAAGCUAGUUUAAAAGAUAAAAUAUUAAAAGUUAUUUCAAAAUAUACAGAUGAAGACAACGUUUCAUUAGAAUUAUUUAAGCUUACUGCAAAAUAUGAUCUGACAACUAAUCAACAUGUAAGCGCAAAAAAUUUCUUUAAUAUGGAAGAACGAAAAGAAAAAG